UUUCCUUUCUCUACGCUUCUCGCCCAUCUGAAGCGUAGUUUUCUCUCUCUCUCGAGUAUAUAACCACAGAGAUAUAUAAAUUUAGAGAGAAAGGGGGAUAAGGAGGGUCGAGUCAGAUACUCCGAGCAUUUCUCGCUCUUCAAAUCUCAAUCCGACGCCGUCAGGUUUGUAUUCGAUUGUCUUGGUGCUUCCCUUGCAAUGGCUACCGCUGUGACUGUCUCUUCUUCAGGUCCACGGUAUGCACCAGAGGACCCCACGCUCCCCAAACCGUGGAAAGGCCUUGUUGAUGGUAAAACUGGGUACCUUUACUUUUGGAAUCCAGACACAAAUGUCACACAAUAUGAAAGGCCUACAAGCUUUACUCCACAGAAGUCCACUCCAGCGCCUAUUAGUUCUUCUGUCCAAGUUCAACAAUCUUCGCAAGGACAGCGUCAUGGCUAUGGUCCUGAUGAGGAUGGUAGGUAUGGCAGAGGCAUCAAUGGUGGGUCAAAACCCGAGGUCGGAUCAAGGAGUCAGCAGAGUGAAAGAGGCGGAACCAUUAAUGCUUUAAAUGGGACACUCAGUGCUGGACAUGGAGGAUCUUCCACACGAGGGCAUGGAGCGUCAGAUGUAGGAGUUGGUCUCUCUGCGGAGUCUUAUCGUCGUCGGCAUGAAAUAUCUGUUACUGGUGACAAUGUGCCUCCGCCUUUUACAUCAUUUGAAGCUUCUGGUUUUCCACCUGAGAUUCUUAGAGAGGUACACAAUGCUGGGUUCCCUGCCCCAACUCCGAUUCAGGCACAGUCAUGGCCGAUUGCUCUUCAAAGUAAAGACAUAGUGGCCAUUGCCAAAACUGGUUCUGGGAAAACCUUGGGCUACUUGCUUCCAGGAUUUAUUCAUCUCAAGCGCUGUCGGAAUGACCCUAAAUUGGGUCCAACCGUGUUGGUAUUGUCACCAACAAGGGAGUUGGCAACACAGAUACAAGUUGAAGCUGUGAAGUUCGGGCAGUCAUCAAGGCUUUCUUGCACGUGUUUGUAUGGAGGAGCACCAAAGGGACCCCAGUUAAGAGAUAUAGACAGAGGAUCAGACAUAGUGAUUGCCACUCCUGGCCGCUUGAAUGAUAUUCUUGAGAUGAGGAGAAUUAGCCUUCAUCAAGUUUCUUACCUUGUUCUUGAUGAGGCUGAUCGCAUGCUUGACAUGGGUUUUGAACCUCAGAUAAGGAAGAUUGUGAAGGAGGUGCCUCCUCGCCGCCAAACCCUCAUGUUCACAGCAACUUGGCCAAAGGAGGUUCGGAAGAUUGCAGCAGAUCUGCUGGUCAAUCCUGUUCAGGUUAACAUUGGCAAUGUGGAUGAGCUUGUUGCAAACAAGUCCAUCACGCAGCAUGUUGAAGUUUUGGCACACAUGGAGAAACACAGACGACUGGAGCAGAUAUUGAGAUCUCAAGAACCAGGAUCAAAGAUAAUUAUCUUUUGUUCAACCAAGAAGAUGUGCGACCAACUUGCCCGCAAUCUUACCCGCCAGUUUGGUGCUGCUGCUAUUCAUGGAGACAAAUCUCAAGGUGAGAGAGAUCACGUGUUGGGUCAGUUCCGGACUGGGAAGUCUCCGAUUCUUGUAGCGACUGAUGUUGCAGCUCGUGGACUGGAUAUCAAGGAUAUCAGGGUGGUUAUCAACUAUGAUUUCCCUACAGGAGUGGAGGAUUAUGUUCAUAGGAUUGGGAGGACGGGGAGGGCAGGUGCCACUGGUUUGGCUUACACAUUCUUUGGUGACCAGGAUGCCAAGUAUGCUUCAGAUCUCAUCAAAGUUUUGGAAGGCGCAAAUCAGCGAGUCCCUCCAGAAAUUCGUGAUAUGGCUUCUCGUGGUGGUGGGAUGGGAAGGUCUAGACGUUGGGGUUCUGGUUCUGGUUUUGGUGGUCGUGAUGGGGGCCGCGGUGGGCGUAAUGAUUCAGGUCAUGGUGGAAGGGGUGGGUGGGGAUUUUCUCCUCCCUCUUCUGGCCGGCCAGAAAGAAGUGGAGGCCGUGGAUAUGACUCUGAGGCACGUGAGAGGUAUGACCGUGACCGUGGUAACAACUAUGGACAAGAUAGAGGUCGCAGCCGUAGUCGAAGUCCCAACCGAUAUGAUAGGGUUCCACAGGCACGAGAGCGCUCCCCAGUGCGCAGUUUUCACCAGACAAUGAUGGAACGCAGUCGGUCAUCCCACAAUGGUGAGAAUGCAAGGGAACCCAAGAAUGGUGGAGGAUUUGCCAAUGGACCUCAUUCUUCUUAUUUGGGGGAAGAAGAGGAAGGCAUGAUUCCUCAGGAUGAGGGUGAUGCUAUACUUCGAGGGGUUUAAAGCGGUUAGAGCAUCUGGCUGGUGCUAUACUUUUUGUUUGUUGUGUAGUGUUUUUAAGUGUAAGUAGGGACUGUAACUAGGGCGACCAUGGUGUAGAAGUUGACUUUUAUUAUGUCUUAAGUUGGAGGUGGCCUAAAGACUGAACCAGAUCGACCCCUCCUCUUAAAACUUUGACAACCUUUUUUGUUCUCUUUCUCGCUUUUGGUAGGGAAGAGAAAGGGCGAGGAGAAAGCACCACUCACAAAAAAAUUGUUUUGAUAUGUCUGCUUUGUAAUACGAUGACCUUCAUAGUCAUUUACUAUAGCCAUAUUUCAUGGUCUUGAUUUUGUUUGAA